GCCGCCAACUUUUGUCGCAACGCAGGCUUCAAGUACCACCUCAUAGCGCUGGCGGAGACGCACGUCGACGCGAACGGUAUCACGGAGCAGAUUGGCAAGCUCGCCAUGGCCGCGGCGACGUGCGACAAGGGCUCGGGCCCCGUGUACGAUUACGCGAUCGCACGGGCGGACAUCGCCACGCACGUCGGGACCGAGGCCAUCUACGACGCCCCCUGGAAGACCCACUGCGGCAUCCAGAUCACGGUGGGCACCGCCGAGCCGCGGCAGUACAAAGCUAUAAAGGUUCCCAAAGCCCUCCCCGCACGAGCCAGACCCAAGAAGGUCGUGGACCCGAGCAGCAAAAGGUCCAAGGCUCGUGCGGAGGCGUUGCGAACCAGGAGGGAAAGGCUACCAGAGCACUUGCGCGACGAGUUCGACGCCCUCUACAUCAACCGCGAGACGGCCAAGGAGGACCCCACCCCCUUCGUCAUCCCCCAGCAGAACUGGGACGCAGCCGCCGACGAGGUCAGCAACUUCCCGAAGUUCGAUGGCGCAGAGGUCGGCACCAAGGAGGGCAGAGGACACAUCUUCCACAACCAUGCGCCGAACCUCGCGGAGAACAUCAACUCGAAGUACGCGCAGUGGGCCGCGACCCUGGAGGCCAAGUACCAGGGCAGGGCAGAGGGGUACAGGACCACCAAGCAGACGAUGAAGGCGUCGCCUGGCAGAGCGUACCUCAAGGACCCCGAGGCUACAUGGUGGCAGCACCUCAGCACCCUCGUGGCGAGGUACACUGCACUGGUCACCAACGGCAAGGACCCCAAAGCCCGCCAGCACAUCCCCAAGACAGUCAUGAAGAAGCUGGACGACCUAGAGAACCCUGAGUUCUCCAAGGAGCUCUUCGGCAGGAAAACCGACCCGCAGGAGAUCGAAGAGUGGAAGACCCAGCUCGUUACCCUCGAGUACUGCGACGUGGCUGAUUUGCACCGCCUCAGCGCCACCACCAUGGAGUGGUCCCAUAAAGCCAUGGCGAGAGCUGCAGGCAGAGCGCGGAAACGGUAUCUCGACUGGGCGAAACAGGCGUGGAAGGACUCACCAGGCAAGUUGCACCGCAUGGUCACUGACCCCAAGGCGCCGCGCCUGGAGGACAAGCAGCCCCAGCGAACGGUGGGCGACCCGUCCACGCUCAUGAACCACUCUGCCGACACCUGGCGCUCCAUCUGGGCGUCCGACAGCUACAACGCCAAGCAGAUCAUCAGCGCAUACGAGAAGGCCAUGCGGCUCGCGAAGGAGGACCCCCUCCCGCUAAUCGAGCCGCAGCACAUACAGGCCAUCGUGGGCACCGCCAACCCGAAGAAGGCGAGAGGA